AUGGCGGCAACCCCAGGGGCUCUUCCUGGGGCGUUGGCUACCACAGGGGACCUCCCAGGUACGGCACCGACCCCAGGAGCAGUCCCAGGGGCAGCAGCGACCCCAGGGGCUAUCCCAGGGUCGGCGGCGACCCCAGGAUCCCUCCAAGGGGCAUUGGUAUCCCCAGAGGAACUCACAGGGGUUGCGGCUACCACAGGAUACCUCCCAGAGAUGUCGUUGCCCCCAGGGGCCCUCCCAGGGGCUGCGCCACUACCAGAGGCCCUUCCUGGGGCGAUGGUACCCUCAGGGGUCCGUACCAGAGGCGCCACCUCUCAGGAGCCCUCCAGCAAGCUUGGUCGUGGUGUCAUGCAUCUUGAAUAUAUCCAGCAAUCCCUUACUUAA